AUGACCGCGCGCGUGCGCGUCGGACCCACCGCUAUCAGCGGCCACGCGUCGCCCCGCGCGUUCCGUCGUCGCGCGACGUCGCGGCACCACGGUCGACGAACAUCCGUGUCCACCACCGCCGCGUCGUCCCAGGACCCGCCGAAAUUCGUGCGCGAUUCGCGCGACGAAGCGCGAGCCGCGCAGCCUCUGGACGCCGGACGACGACCGGAAGAGAUCAAUGCGUUUAUUGGAGCGAUUAAGGGGGAAAUCGGGGGUACGUCGAGUAGUUCAUCAGAAACCUCGGCGGUGACGCUCGCCCUGGCGAAGGAAUUCAACGUCGGCGAACGCGUGCGCGUCACCGAAGGAAGAUCCGGUGCCACCAAGGUGCAGUUAAUGCACCCAUCUGGAUCCUAUGCGGAUGUGUAUCUCAAGGGAUCGCUCACGGUGGGGUCGUGGGUGAUGGCGAACGGAGGAGAAGUUUUGUUUUACGACGACGGGAACUCGGAAAAGCCAGGAGGGAUUUCGAUGCAGUUUCCGGGAAUCACGAGCAAGUCCGAAUUCCGGAUCAUCGAGACGGGAACCGUUGCUGACGAUACGCCAUUUGUCACUAUCGAGUUAGCGGGCGAUAACGCGGACUCAACAUUCAAGCUGUCCGUGGAAAUCUCCUUGGCGUCGCACAACGCGCUGAAGAUGAAGACCACCGUGCACAACACGGGAUCGUCCAAAUUCGAAUACCCUCUCGGCCACAACGCCCACAUCGCGGUGUCCGAUGCCCACCACGGAGAUGUCUAUUUUAUCGGUUUCGAAGACUGCGUCUACCUCGACAAGAAGCUGCACUCGACCAAGCCGCGCGUGCGCUUCACCAAGGAUUUGGACGCCAUGUCGGAGAGAUGUUUCAAGCUCACCGGACCGACGGAUAAGACGUACCUGUGUACGAAUGAUCACAACACGGGCGUCGAGGUCGGAACCGGGUGCACCGUGUACGCUCAAAACCUUUCGGGCGAAACCGGGUGCGUCGACCGCGUGGUUUUCAAUCCGUGGGAGGAAUCGCCCAAGGCAUACCGAUGGUACGCCGGUUUAGGAAUAGGAAAUUUUGGAAAGCUUCGAGUGGCGGAACCGGAUUCAAAAUCGUCGACGGAGGUGCAGUUCAAGGUGGUCGACGCCACCCCGAGCGUCGGUAUCAGGGAAGAUUUUGAGCUGCUUGAGAAGAUAAACACGCGCAACAUGCUCUCUAGGCGGAAGAUCGAUCUGAGCGAUGCCGAGUUGCCGAGCGAUUUGCAAUAA